AUGUUUGCUAACGAGUCUCGACGGCGGACAGACCCUAAUCCAACGGAGACCGAUCAUUUGGGCAACGUCUAUACAAAGUCAGACGUGUUCGUCUAUCGCCCUCUGGAUCCCACCGUCGACUGCACACGCUUCGUCGCAAUCGAGCCAGCCGACGAUGAAGAUAGUCCUGUGGUCUGCAGACUGGUUCACUUACCAUUCGGGCAACGCCCAAAGUUCGAAGCUCUCUCGUACACAUGGGGAGACGACAACCCCAAUAACGCUAUCACAGUAGACGGCUGCAAGUUCGAAGUCCGGAGUAACUUACUCGACGCCCUUCGGUUUCUACGAAGACAGGUUUCUCAGGAUGCCCUUUUCUGGAUCGAUGCACUAUGCAUCAAUCAGAAGGACGCCGACGAGAGGAAUCGGCAGCUGCGCAUGAUGGGGCAGAUUUACUUCAGGGCCAGCCAGGUGAUUGUUUGGCUCGGCAGGAAAUACUCGAAGUUUCAAGAGACGAUAGAGAGAAUAUCUGCGGAGUCUCCGACUGCCAAUGAUGAGGAAACAGAGCAAGACAUCUCAGAGAGGACUCAAAACAAGAUCAAAGAUGUGGAGAGCGCUCUGUUGGCCAAGUUGGUUUCAGACGAUUACUGGGAUAGGCUGUGGAUCAUUCAAGAGAUUGGGCAAAAUGACGAGAAAAAGGUGUGCUUUGGCACCACGUCGAUGUCAUGGGAGAAUUUCAUCCAUACGGUCACCCAUCACAGCCAUUUCAACGGCGAGGGACCACUCCGACUUGAUCGCCAUCUCAAAGAGAAGUACACCGGUUCUCACACCUUGAGACGUCUUCUUGUGGAACAUCGCCUUGCAAAAUGCAAGGACAGAAAGGAUAAGGUCUACGGCUUGGUCGUACUGGCUGCCGAUGGCCACGGUUUCCCGAUGGACUACAGGAAGUCUUUGAUGGAGAUUUGGACCGACACAAUGCGAUUCAUGAACGCGCGGCAACUCUUUCAUCCCACGUCAGAAUCUGACAUCAUGGACAUGGGCCGCUUGAUCAAGUCUCUGCUCAUGGAGCCGCAUUCGUCACCACUUCAACAAGUUGGACGGCUUUAUGAAGCCAAGACUGACCCAAAACUCAUAAUCGAGAGAGAUCAUGUAUCAAACAACGCCGAUGUCUUCCCCGUCAAGUCCUACGUUCUCGGUAGCAUCGUCCAUGUUGGGCCGCCAGCAAGAGACAUGGUGUCUAACAUUGGGAAAGCCAACGAGUGGGCCGAGAGUGUCCAGCACAACUUUUCAUCUGAUCUCGGGGAGGCAUAUGAGGAGAGUUUCACCCCCACCGUGCCUGCCCAGUUGGCUUAUGACUGCUUGAACUCCGUCCCCCUUGGAAAACAAGAAGCCAUCGACUUGGUCGACUCAAUCGUGCCCUACCUGGAAUGGCAGAGUGACGCCGCCUACAAGGCGGACCCCCCAGCCGAUUACGAUUUUCCUGCCUACGAUAUGUUCGCUGCGCUUGAAACUAUUCGAAGCAAUCUUGUUUCCGACGUUUAUACUAGUGAAUACGCGUUCCAGUCUGCCUUAUAUGAGGAGGUAUUCGGCCCUGGGCAUGAUGGGCACUUCGUCUACUACCCGGAUCUGUUGACUGCUGUUUUUGAGUGGACCCGUGAGCGCGCUCUCGUCUCCAUUAGCGAGGACGGCUCAUCUCUACCUGUGAUCAAGGUCUACGAGGAUGUCGUUUCAUCUCCGGAGACUGCCUCCGCCGUCAAGCUCAUCAACGGUAUUGAUGCUGCAAAGUAUCUCGACGAGACCAUCAACAAGGCCAACUGGAAUCGCGACGCAGAUUCGGCUUAUAACUCUGUCUUUUUCGAGCAGUCUUUGUUCGCCACAACAGGCGGAAAGGGCUACUUCAGCUCUGGGGGUCGCAUUCGUUACGUCUACCAAGGCGCCAACACCACUCUCACAUUUGAGAACGGCACCGAGGUCACCUUUGAGAACCACGCUACUAUCAAGAAGGCACUCACUGACGUCGUCGACGGUCCGUCUUUCUACGCCAAGUUCUGCAACCCCCUCAGCCCGGCUGCCGAUACCCCUGCAAGCACGACCCCCUCCAGCUCCGGCUCUGGUGCCCUUCUCCCGGGUUACCCCGCCCCCGUUAUCACUACCCCUGACGGUGUGGUCUCUGGAUACUACCUCGAAGGCGAAGGCCUCGAGGAUGUCGCCGUCAUCGUUCUUACUGCCUUUGAGAGCGAAAGCCCUGAGGAGUUCCAGUCAGUCGCUCGCGACUUCUACACUGCUGCCCUUGCUGCUGGCAAGACUAAGCUGGUCAUCGACUUUCAGCAAAACGGCGGCGGUUACAUCCUCCAAGGCUACGACUUCUUCCGACAGCUUUUCCCAGAUGCGAUCCAGGAGGGUAACUCCCGCUGGAAGGAAAACGAUGGCUUUAAUGCUGCAGCCGAGAUCGUCUCCGAUGUUGUCAACGGUCUGAAUGUCUACACCAGCCCCAACGCUGAUCUGAUCAGCUACGCCCAGACCUGGUUCAACUGGCGCUAUGACUACAACCUGACCGACGAGCCCUUCACCUCAUAUGAUGCCAAAUUUGCUCCUCAAGUCUUCCAGAACACUUCAUACACCAACCUGAUGCGCUGGAACCUCAACGACCCCCUUACCACCUACAACACUACCUUCGGUUUGGGUAUCGAGAUCAACGGGUACGGCAACCUCACCAACGUCACUCAGCCCUUCGAGGCCGAGAACAUCAUCAUCCUCUAUGACGGCGUCUGCGCCUCCACCUGCACUUUGGCUUCCGAGUUUCUUCGCCUCCACGGUAACGUGAAGUCAAUUGCCAUGGGCGGUCGACCCAAGAAGGGCGGUAUCGAGGGUGUUGGUGGUAUCAAGGGUUCUCAAGUCCUUGACUGGAGCUCUAUCUACGGCUUCACCACCGACCUUCUGAAGUACGCCACCACCGAUGCGCAGAAGGCUGCAUUUGCUCGUUACAGCGACCUGCCCCUCAACCGCAGCCUGGCUGCAGCUGUGAACGUGCGUGACCAGAUCCUGAGAGAUAACGUCGAGGAUGGUAUUCCUGCCCAAUUCGUCAAGGAAAUCACCGACUGCCGUCUCUAUUGGACUCUGCCAAUGAUCAAUGACGUCACUGAGGUGUGGAAGGCGGCCGCGAAUGCCGCCUUUAACGGUGGAAAGUGCGCAUUUGGCGGUAUUACGAAGAGAGAUGUCGGCGACUCGGCUGAGGUGAAGCGCAGCAACUACCUCGCCGCGUCUCUUCUGCAGGAGCGCUCCACUGCGGCUCGUCGCAGCCUGCCUCCGACGACUGAGCGUCAUUGGCAAGAUAAGUACGUUCUCAAGGCCAUCGACUGA